ACAAAUCUAGUGCUCAUUGUGGCAGAAUUGGACUGUACAGAGCAGGGUACCAUCCAGGCUGUUGUCUGUGAGGGGUGGGGUCCGGCUACACAGAUACCACCAAACAUAAGCUUACAGAGGGACACAGAGAGGCAGAAAAAGAGAGAAAAAAGGAGAGAGAAGAGGGGGGAAGAUUGCACCUGAAGAGGAAUAUAAUACGGGAUGAAAGGAGACACCCCAGUGAACAGCACCAUGAGUGUCGGCCAAGCCAGGAAGCUGGUGGAGCAACUGAAGAUAGAGGCUAGUUUCUGCAGGAUAAAGGUUUCAAAGGCAGCGGCAGACCUGAUGGCGUACUGCGACGCACACUCCUGUGACGACCCCCUGAUCAGCCCCGUGCCCACCUCAGAGAACCCUUUCAGGGAGAAGAAAUUCUUCUGCGCUCUGCUUUGAGACCAAUCAGGGAUUGUUGUGAUUAAAAGUACAACUGUACAGUAUGUACAUGUAUGUACAGUGUGUACAUGUACUUCCAAUCUAAAUAAGACAUCAGUGUACUAUAGUAACCUUGCAUAAAAGCUGCCGAUGUACAGUACAUAAUCAACUACAAAAUGUCUUGAACUAAAUUCUUUAACUGCUAAUGUCUGGGGGAAGAACAAAAACAUGGGAAUUUGAAACAAAUCUAAACAUUCAAUCAAUAAAGAGUCAGUUAUCACUAUCAAAAACAACACUAGACGUCUAAAGAGAAGAAACUUAACACAGCUAUCAUCUGGUUGAAAACAGACAUUUCAUGCUCAUAAAUAUUACAGGUAACUGCCAAAAAGGAAACAUUCUGAGCAUCAAGUGUCUCGAUAGGCUCCACCAGUCACAGGAACAGAUUCACACGGAGUCUGCAGCAUUUGAAACUUUGAACUGGGAGGCUAAAUUCCCACAUUGGGUCUUUGGAUUAUGGUGGUGCUACACGUCUCAGAUGCUGCUCUGAUAGGUCAGGGCUGUCAGUUCUCCCCAUAUAAAUUGUCCAUACAUUUGAGAUCUAGCAACUGAGAAAAAGACAAGCCUAUGUUAGGUAAGUAUGACAUCUCCCAUAACUGACACUGUUUCCAUUUGGUGACUACUUGUAGAUGAAAGUGGUAAUAACUUCUUCUGCUUAGAAAUACUUUAAAAUCUCCAUACAGAAUCUUUUUUCUCAGUCAACAACAUUUAGAUUGUCCUUUAGUGCUGCAUCACAUCUAUCUUCAAUAUAUUUUGUAUUCCUCAUUCACUUAGGUGUUUCCUCUUUUUUGGCAGUUACUUGUGUCUACAACAGACAACAGCUGUUUAUUAAUGGAUUAUAAUCCUAUAAUUAAUUUAAUUCAAGGUUUUAUUAAGAUUUUAGCAUUUAGCUCAUUUCUAUACUGUUGCUGUAGUGUGGAUGUGGAAGUGUGUGUGUAUGCAUAGGUGCUACUGUGAAACUUAAGCAACAAUUCUGAGCAUUUGAUCACUGUCAAAUCAAGAUUUUAUAUUUCAAUAGCACACAGACCCAAAAAACACAUUCCAGGGGUUAUGGACAUUCAAUAUGUGAUCUAAGCCAUUAAAGCAAAAUCAGCUAUUCAAUUAUUGUCUGUCACAUGAAAAUGUUCUAUUUCUUUAAAGCAAAAAAUAAACACAGCAGUUAUAAUGUACUUUUAAAUACAGGUGUACAUUGUCAUUUUAACUAAUCAGGUCUCCAGAGUAGAAGGGUCCGUCAACAGUUUCCAGAAAAUCAAGGAACAGCAUCUACUCAUUCAUGUGAAGUGAGGACUGAUGUGAAUGACUUGGGAAUUCCAACUCCAAUUAAAGGUGUCACUUUCUCCAUGGUUACUGCUCCAUCUACAGUCCAGGCAAUGGUUUAGUGCUGUUAAAUCGUUAACCACAAAAAAAGAAAACUGCUCUCAUUUGGAGUUCCCUCAGACAUGAUCCCAUCAAAUGAGCUCCAUGGCUCUUCCACAUGAUAAAACUUUUGGGAACCCCUGCUCUGGACCAUUUUAAAAAUGAAUCAAUGCAUUUCAAUAUCUUGCAAAUGACAAAUUUGGAGCUUUGGUGAAAAAGAAACCAUGGAAUAUCAAGCAUUGAAAUAAAACCUCCUGUUAUCAAA